AUGAAGAUAUCUGCGGCAACUCUGAUCGGCAUCGGCACAUUUCUCCAGCAUCUUCACCUUGUUCAAGUCGCCGGUCAAGACUUUGAUGAUAAUGAAUUUACAAGCUUUAGUGAUAGCUCACAUGUGGAGGCAUCCACGUUUGCGCCUGCACUCAACAACAUCACCUUAAAUGUGACGAAUGGUGGUGACGCAAAUAUGUUGGCAUCAUCAGACCUGUUACCUGUGGAGGUAGGUGAUGGUACGCCCUCAGAGUUUCGCGCUUUAGACCCGCCUAGCCAUCUCUUCGAGCGCACAAAAGCCAUGAUGAGCCUGUGUCCACCCAAGUAUCUUGAUCCGUCGGUGAUCAAGAACCGCGCGAUCCCGACCAACAACUGGUGGGGCAACAUUAUCGCGCACGACUCGAAUGCGGCCAUCCAACCCAUUUGGUCCAAUCCAUACUCCCUGCAGAUGGUAGUCGACAAGGCCCCGUUUGGCAUGUCCGCGAGCUACCCGUACCGCAGUCGCUUCAGUGGCGGCAGCUCUGGCAACAACGGCGCUGUUAAGUACUAUGCGCAUGGCAUGGUUCGAGAGUUCUUGUUUUCAGCUGAAGAGCUCACGGGACGGAAGCCCAACUUCCAAGUUAUCGACUGGGCGGACCAGGGAGUGACGGUCAAGUUCACUGCCAGCUCGUCCGGUGGUAGCAUGGUGUCGGACAUUGUUUCCGGCAUGGUGUACGCCUCCAUGAAAUAUUCGGGACUCACUCCACGAUUGGUAUCAGCAACAGCGAUUUCUACCGUCAACGGCCGACCAUUCGGUGGUCGAGUGCGUGGCUCCAAGUUCGAGAUCGUCUACAACUCCGGUCAGAAGUGGGUAGUCUUCGCAUUGUCAAGUGACGGUCGUACUGCGAAAGACAUCACUCUGGCUGCCGAUGGUACAUCCUCCCUCAAAAGUACAAGCGUAUUCGACGGCGUCUUGCGUGUUGCUGUCGUUCUCGAAGACUCAUGGCUGAGCACGCUAGAGAAGCACAAGUCGUGCAUCGUGCAAGCAGCGAACGUUGACCUCCGUGAUGACAGUUCCUAUGUCUUCAGGUGGAAGACGAUGGGCGAUUGUUCCAGUGGCCUAUUGCAUUUCGCAAUGAAACACCACGCUGAGACCCUGGUCACGAGUAGCGGGGUGGACCCGGCGAUCCUGUGUGGGAAAUCAAGGAAACACAGCCGGUACCCGAAGACUUCUAUCCGUCCCGUAAAAUUGCAUCGAGCGUCUCCCGGCAGCAGCGCAUCGUAA